AUGACGGCCAUUUGUCUGCUCGCCGAGAGCUGGGACGACGACGAUGACGACGACUACGGCGAAGACAAACGAAGCACAUCACAGGGCGCCUCGAAGCGCUUCUUCACAGACUUUCUGCAGGAUUUGCCAACGCCGGGCACCGGCGGUCCGACUUUUGACACAACUGUCGCCACCAACAUAACUGGACUGGUUGGCAAGACGGUGAAGUUGACCUGCCGCGUUAAAAAUUUGGGCAAUCGCACGGUCUCAUGGGUGCGCCAUCGCGAUAUUCAUCUGCUGACCGUGGGCCGUUACACAUACACCUCCGACCAACGCUUCGAGGCAAUGCACUCGCCACACGCCGAGGACUGGACGUUGCGUAUACGGUAUGCCCAGCGCAAGGAUUCCGGAAUCUAUGAGUGUCAAAUAUCCACGACGCCGCCAAUCGGCCACUCCGUCUAUCUGAACAUUGUCGAGCCCAUCACCGAGGUCAUUGGCGGCCCCGAGCUGCACAUCAACAAGGGUUCAACCAUCAAUUUGACUUGCAUUGUAAAAUUUGCUCCGGAACCGCCGCCUACUGUCAUUUGGUCGCACAACCGUCAGGUCAUAAAUUUCGAUUCACCUCGCGGCGGCAUAUCAUUAGUCACCGAGAAAGGUGUGCUGACCACCAGUCGUCUGCUGGUGCAGAAGGCCAUACAGCAGGACUCUGGACUCUAUACAUGCACACCGUCCAAUGCCAAUCCCACAUCGGUGCGCGUGCACAUCGUCGAUGGCGAACAUCCAGCGGCUAUGCAUCAUGGACAUGCCAAGCCGCUUCAGCCGCCCGCGCUCAUCCUGCUCCUGCUGCUCAGCGGCUGCCUGCUGCUCCUGCAGCGCAACAGACGCCAGACGCGCCAAACCAACAGCAACUACUACUACAGACCCCUCAGCACCCACCAAUGCCAACAACAACAUAUAUUGGCAGCUUCAGCUGCAGCAGCAGCAGCAGCAGCAGCAGCAGCGACAACAACAACAGCAACUCCACAACGAAUCCAUUGCACAAGUGGCCACAAAAGUUGCGAGCCAACGCCCAGGCACAGAACCAUAGUCAUAGCCAUAGUCAUAGCCAUAGCCAUAGCCAUAGCUAUGGCCCAUACCAAUGGCCAGAUUCAUGAAACGACUCAUGCAGCCAUGAGCGAUGAGGGUGAGGAAGAGCAUGAUGAUGUGGGGGAGGGCGAGGGCGAGGGCCAGUGCGAGGGCGAGGGCGAGUGCGACGGUGAGGGGCCUUCAGAGUAUUCGGAACAGUCGGACAGUGGCCGCUUUCUCAUUGUGCGCAUAAAUUCGUUGGUUAAUUAA